AUGUACAGAUACAAAACCGAUGCACAGAGAGAAAAAAAGAGCUGCAAUGGCUUGAAAUGGAAGAAGAUUAAAGAAGAACAAAAACAACCUACUGCUGUUGAGCCUUCCUUCCACCCAACGGUAAAGGGCAGUCGGUUCAUUGAAGAGUUCGAAUACCUCAAUAAAAUUGACGAAGGAUCAUGCAGCGUUGUAUACAGAGCUCACAAAAGUCAACAGAUGAAAUAG